AUGGUUAACAUUCCUCCCUCGGUAUUGCUCGAUUCCAUUUUAGAUUCCGCCACUCUUUGUUGUAUAAGCAGUCUCCUUCUUCUCUCGCUCAUCUCGCUAGCAUUCGUGUUCCACCUUCGUUUUAAAUCUCGUGAUGCUCGUAAAUUACAGAGUUUUAACUCGCUUUGGACCGUCCGGUUUCUUCUUGUUACGUUCAUCAUCUUAUGGGCGUUCAGUGAGCUUCUCCGUUUGUCGUUCUUUCGUCGGAAAUAUCUAUUCCCGUUCUUGCCAUCUCUAACCCUAAAACAACAAGCGAAUUUCUGUAAAGUCCAUGUCGUUUUCUCGUUCGGAUUCUUCGAGCCUGGUUUUCUUGUAACACAGCUUUUUCUCGUUAACGUGUCGAUCAAGAAAAGAACCCCACACGGUUGUUGGGCGGUCGUUUUCGUCUUGGCGACGUGUUUUCCGGUUCUGUUCAUGCAAGUUUUGCUUGUAUUUUUCUCAGGAUUGGAUCAAUUACCAUUGGCCGAUGUUUUUCUAAGAAGCUCGAAAAUUUGGAGAAAUGAUAUCGGCGAUGAAGUAGUAUUAUGUGUAUAUCCAUUGAUGAGUUCUAUAAUAUUUGGUUCGUUCGGAAUUUGGUAUUUGAUCGUCUUCGCAUUGUCGUGUUUUAAGAUGGUAACACUCGUCAUAAACAAAGGGUUAAGAAUUCGAAUUUACGGGUUAGCUUUUACAGUUUUAAUAAUGUUACCAUUAGAAAUUAUUUUUCUUGUUUUAUCGAUUAUUUGGGGACCGGAGGAAAUGCCUUAUUCUGCAUUUGCAUUUCUUGUGUUUGCUACCACAUUGGUUAUUGCUGCCAUGGGUGAAGGCAUUAUGGUGAUCAAACCUAUAGUUGAUUCGUUGGCUGCCGGAGAAGAUAAAGUUUUUCCGAGCCCUUCGGACCGAUUAUCAUCGGAGAUGGAGAAGCUGUAA